AUGGCGGCUCGGCCCACCCCCGCCCUCUACUUUCCCUCCUCCUCCCGCCCCCGUCCCGCCCUAUUCCCCACCCGUUCCCCGGCCGCCCGUCCCGAAAGCCCCCGCGCUGCGGUCAUGGCGCUGUGCGGGCGGGGCUGGGCGCGCUGUGCCCGCGGGCUGCGGCUCGGGGCCUUGCCCCGGCCCGGGCUCUGCGGGACCCGCGGCGUGCGGGGCUCCAACCCCUUCACCCGGCAGCAGGAGGAGGAGUGGCGCCGCAGGAACCGCUCGGCCGUGGGCUACAUCGCGGCGGCGGCCGUGGGCAUGGUGGGGCUGUCGUACGCGGCCGUGCCGCUCUACCGCCUCUACUGCCAGGCCACGGGGCUCGGCGGGACGGCGGGCACGGGGCGCGACGUGGAGCGGAUCGAGCGCAUGGAGCCCGUGCGGGACCGGCUCAUCAGGGUCACGUUCAACGCCGACACGCACGCCAGCAUCCAGUGGAACUUCAAACCGCAGCAGAGCGAGAUCUACGUGGUACCAGGAGAGACUGCACUGGCAUUUUAUAAAGCAAAAAAUCCUACUGACAAACCAAUAAUUGGAAUCUCCACCUACAACGUUGUCCCGUUUGAAGCAGGACAGUAUUUCAAUAAAAUACAAUGUUUUUGUUUUGAAGAACAGAGGCUAAAUCCUCAGGAGGAAGUGGACAUGCCUGUCUUUUUCUACAUUGACCCAGAGUUUGCAGAGGACCCCAAAAUGGCUAAAGUUGAUUUGAUCACUCUCUCUUACACCUUCUUUGAAGCAAAGGAAGGACAGAAGUUGCCACUUCCUGGGUAUCAGUAACGGGCAUUCUCUACAAAAUCUGACUUCUGCUACAUCUGAGUGCCAGUUUUGAUAUCAUUUUUCCUUGGAAGAAAAAACUAGAGGAAUACUGUGCAGUAUGAAAUUAUAUUAUUAAACCUCCAUGGGCACAUGCUGUUAUGAAAGUAUAUGUAUAUAUAUUUUUUUUUUGGAAACCAACUUAAUGUAUCCCUAUUUCUUAGGGAUAGUAUUUCUUCAUCAGACAGUGGAAGGGAGUACAAUGUUCUUGAAGUAGAGAGGGUUUUCUCAGGCCAUCUUUUUGUAAGAUGUUGUCUGAAUACCACAAGGCAAAUUUUUAAACCAAUGUGUAAAUUAAGAUCUUCUUUAAAACACAGAAGAAAAAAAUCAGUUGAUAAAGCAUCUAAAAUUCCAUUGCUGGCUCCAGAAAAUAACUUCAAUGUUAAGUUAAUUUAGAAAAAGGUAAACCCAGAAUAAAUUAAGGUAAUCUCAUAA